AUGGAAAAAUAUGAGAACCUAGGAUUAGUUGGAGAAGGGAGCUACGGAAUGGUGAUGAAAUGUAGGAAUAAAGACAGCGGAAGAAUUGUGGCUAUCAAGAAAUUCUUAGAAAGUGACGAUGACAAAAUGGUUAAAAAAAUUGCUAUGAGAGAAAUCAAGUUACUAAAGCAACUGAGACAUGAAAAUCUUGUAAAUCUGUUAGAAGUGUGUAAGAAGAAAAAACGAUGGUACCUAGUUUUUGAAUUUGUUGACCACACAGUUCUCGAUGACUUGGAACUCUUUCCAAAUGGACUAGACUAUCAAAUAGUCAGAAAGUACUUGUAUCAGAUUAUUAAUGGAAUUGGAUUUUGCCACAGUCAUAAUAUCAUACACAGAGAUAUAAAACCAGAGAAUAUAUUAGUUUCCCAGUCUGGUGUUGUCAAGUUAUGUGAUUUUGGAUUUGCCCGUACCUUGGCUGCUCCUGGGGAGGUUUAUACUGAUUAUGUGGCAACCCGGUGGUACAGAGCUCCAGAACUGUUGGUUGGUGAUGUCAAGUAUGGCAAAGCUGUUGAUGUGUGGGCCAUUGGUUGUUUGGUAACUGAAAUGCUUAUGGGAGAACCCCUGUUUCCUGGAGAUUCUGAUAUUGACCAGCUAUAUCAUAUCAUGACAUGUUUAGGUAAUUUAAUUCCAAGACAUCAGGAGCUAUUUUAUAAAAAUCCUGUUUUUGCUGGAGUAAGGCUGCCUGAAAUCAAGGAAACUGUUCCUCUGGAAAGGCGCUACCCCAGACUCUCUGAAGUAGUGAUAGAUUUAGCAAAGAAAUGUUUACAUAUUGACCCAGACAAGAGACCGUUCUGUGCUGAGCUCCUGCAUCACGAUUUCUUUCAUGUGGAUGGAUUUGCUGAGAGGUUUUCUCAGGAACUACAGUUGAAGGUACAGAAAGAUGCAAGAAAUAUUUCUUUAUCUAAAAAAUCUCAAAACAGGAGGAAAGAAAAGGAAAAAGAUGAUUUAGGUGAAGAAAGAAAAACACUUAUGGUUCAGGAUACCAAUGCUGAUCCCAAAGUUAAGGAUCCAAAAGCAUGUCGAACAAAAGCAUCAAAAACUGAUGGAGAAAAAAUUGAAAAAGGCAUGCGAACGUCAAACGUCAGCUCUCUCCAUGACAAUGGGACAAGUCAUGCCAAAACAGUGCCUUCAACAAGCCUUAGAGACUACAGCAAUGGCAAUGUGGAUCACACACGGAAUCCAGGCAUGGCCAUCCCUCCACUUGCACACAACCUUUCCGCUGUGGCUUCUGAAAUGAAUUCUGGCAUGGGAACUGUCCCAGGAGUUCAGAGUUACAGAGUGGAUGAGAAAACAAAGAAGUAUUACAUCCCAUUUGUGAAACCAAGCAAACAUUCUCCUUCAGACAUUUUUAAUAUUAACAUGGCCACCCCAGUUGCUAGUGAGAAGAGCCUCCCCCAGGCAAGUAAGAAAAGAAGAGAAAAAGAAGGAACAAAGACAGAUGUCCGUUUGCCUGAACUAAAUUAUAAUCAUCUCCCUGAACUACGAGCCUUGGAAGGAAUAGCUCGAAAUUCCAGGCUAAUAAGGAAAGAGAAUAAAAAUCUUCCAGAAUCUCGAAUUCCAUCUCUGGCCUCUAUUGACCUCCACACUCCCACUGCUGUGUUGCAUCAGGUAUCAGGGUCUCCUUUGUCACAGGCUUCGGAGGCUGACUUCCGUCGCAUGGAACACCAGCACUGA